AUGUCUCUGGUAAGCCAGAACGAGCACCAAGGCAGCGCACAGACCACUGCAGAUUACAGCCACAGCCAGGAUGAAAUGCAGGCUACUAAUACCUCCGGGUCCCUCACGUCCAUGCUAGUCUUUGAGGCUCCCCAGGGCACUGAGAUUCCAAACGACCCACAGGGUGCCAGUGCUCCCCAGGCUGUGCAGGACUCGAGUGACAUCGAGGUUCUCAUCGACGAGUAGUGUCGUUUGAGGGCGCUCAGGGUCCACGACCCUCUAGAAGAGAGGUCAGUUGAAUUAGUGAAUUUCAUGUGCAUGAAAAGCCAAAGUGAGGGGUCUAUCCAACAGUCAGAAAUACUGGAGUUUCUCAAAGAAUACUCAGAUCAGUUCCCUGAGAUACUCAGACGAACCUCAGCUCAUCUGGAUUGGGACUUUGGGUUAAAUCUGAGAGUCCUUGAUCCUCAGAUGGACACACACAACCUAAUCAGCAAACCAGGUCCCCAGACUGCUGGAUGGCUAGCAGAGACCGUGGACAUACCUAAAGCGGGUCUCCUGGCCUUGGUCCUAGGCCAGAUCCUCUUGAAUGGCAACUGGGGAAGAGAGGCCUCCAUUUGGGACCUGCUGUCAAAGGUAGAUGUGAUAGAUGAGCCUCAGAGGGUCAACAACCUCUUCGGGAACACAAGAAACACCCUUACUAUUGACUUUGUCCAUAUGUGAUUUUUGGAAUACUGGCCAGUAUAUGGUGCUAAUCCCCUUGAAAUUGACGUCCUGUGGGGCUCUAGAGCCUGCAGAGAAAUCACAAAGAUGGAAGCCCUGACGUUUGUAGCACAGGCCCAUGAUGAAGAACCCUGGAGGUGGCCAGAAGAAUAUAACAAAGCUCUGGAAGCUGACAAAGCCUGGUCAGAGGACUCGAAGAAUGAUAAAGCAAAUGAAUUGGUCCAGUUGGCCGUUAGUGUCACUGAGGUGUUGCUGCCUAUCCAUCGGGAUGAGCUAUUGGCUCACACUGGCAAAGAAUUCGAGGAUGAGGUCCCAAAUUUCCUCAGCCGAGCCACUCUAAUCCUUGAUCUGUUUUAUGGGUUCUCUCUGAUUGAGGUUGAUCCCAGUGAGCACAUCUACCUCCUUGUCCAGCUACCAGGAUCAGAAGAAGAGCAAGGAAUGCUAGAGAGCCUGGGCCGACACACUCAAGAAUAUGUGAUACCAAUCCUGGGUUUGAUCUUCCUGAUGAGCAACCGUGUCAAAGAGGCCAAGAUCUGGAACUUACUCCAGAGAUUUAGUGUUGAUGUAGGGAGGAAACACGCCAUUACCUAUAAGCUAAUGAGGCAAUGCUACCUAGAAUGCAGGCCAUUCUCCUAUUCUAAUCCAGAUGAAUACGAGCUGCUCUGGGGUCCUUGGGCUCACCUUGAAAUCAUGAAAAUGAAAGCCUUGGAAAAUAUGGCUAGGUUCUACAGAAAACAGCCACGGGACUGGCCAAAGCAAUACAGGGAGGCUGUGGAAGAUGAGGAGGCCAGGGCCAAAUCUGAGGCAACAGUCAUGUCCUUCUUUGGUUCCAUGUGA